CACAAAGUCUUCGCCUCUUGUACCUUACUUUCUCUUUUUUUUCCUUGCCGUCUUUCGCUUUCCACAUUCGCUUUCCGGGAGAAGUCUAUCGUUUACAACACAGCCAGGUCCGCUCGUUCAAAUAUCCUUGUUCUGUUACAUCAUAAUCGCCGCCAUGAAAUCUGCAUUGACUGCCGGUCUCGUGGCCAUUGUCUGGCUCAUGCAGCAGGCUGCUGCAACAAGCUGGGGCGAUUCGCCAACCUUUUCCAGCGUUUCAAACACCGACAACAACUGCACCACUGAUCAGCAGAGUGGGUUUGAUUGGUCUGGUCUGCCAACAGGUUCAUUCAAUAAUUACGGAGGAUUCGGCUUCAGUGGAUUUUCCUGCCAGGACUCCUUUCAACCCAAUGCAAAGAAAAGAUCGCUUCGCAUUCGCGAUGAUUUCCAGUCUAAAUGCAUUCAAGGCAAAGUGAGCAAAUCUUCGAACAGUGGUCCCAACUUCUCUUGCGCCCAAGAGGACCAGUUCUCGAUCACUCACAUGCAGGUUUCGGUUUCCUUUGACACCGACCUGGACUUCAUCUUCUCUAUGCCUGAUGGGUCCACUUGCAAACAUACCGCAUCUUGCAGCGCAAGCGGUACCACUGUGGAGAACACGCAGUGUGGUGGUGCGAAAUCCGUGUCCUUCCAGAUGCCUCCCAGCAGCAACAGCAAUGGUUGCGACAUCGGUAUUCACUCCAUUGGCUUCGACUGCAACUCCUCGUCGUCCUCUUCCUCGUCUUCUUCGACAACCACAGCUCCCACCACUUCGACCACCAGCACCCCUGUCUUUACAACUACAACUCCCGUGGUGACUUCGACCUCCCAAAUUGAAACCACCACGACUACGUCAAAGGUCGAUACGACGACCACCUCUCAGGUGAUCCCAGUCACAAGCAGCUCGACUACAACCACUUCUUCCACUGAGCAGGUUACCACAAGCACCACUUCUCUUCCGGAUUCAACUACAACCACUCCUCAGCAAACUUCAAGCACUACCACGACCUCUCCUACCGAACAGAGCUCGAGCUCUUCGACCACCACUACAACCACACCCCAGGGAACUCCCGACACCACCACAACUACAUCUUCUAUUGCACAGACCACGAGCUCUUCGACCACACCGAGCCAGCAGACGACUACCACCUCAGCCACUGUCACUACUACAACGGCUGACACAACGCUUGGAACAAGCUCAACCGAGACCACAACUGACGUGAUCACGACGGAAAUUGUGGUGACGACACUCACCACAUGUCCCGUAACCAACACGCGCACAAGUGGCACUGAAACGGUGACUGAGACCACCAACACUAUCUCGACAAUCACAAUCACCUCGACCUCAACGGUCUGCACUCGUUGCAAUAGGCCUCCUCCUUCGACCUUGUCUACAGUUACACCUCCUCCUGCUACGACGGAGACGCCUCCAACAUCUUCGUCUUCAGAGACGCAACCCCAAAGCCCGCCAUCUUCAUCACCUGCUUCACCCCCACUGUCUCAGUCAUCGCCGCCGUCACAGCCUUCUACCCCGCCUUCCUCAUCUUCGGCAUCGUCGUCUCCACCAGCCGCUCCACCAGCACAGCCAACCUCUCCUUGCCCCUCAGUGCUACCGUCCUGCUUGAACACGUGGCUUAGCCUCGUGCCCAAAUGCGCCUCAAAUUCUGAUACGACGUGCUUCUGCCCUUCCCAGCAAUUCAUCAGCUCUGUCCAACAAUGUGUCUCCGCUUGGGGGGCGUCGGAUGACGAGGUCACUGCGGCGCUGUCUUACCUAGCAGGGAUUUGCGCCGAUUUUGUCCCGCAAAAUCCAGGCAUCUGUACUGGUGUGCCAAGUACCAUCACUCUUGUGCCUACGCCUGCCCCUACUGGGUCGGCAACAGAAACAGUCGGAACGCAGGUGCAGACAGGGACUGCUACGGUUACCAAUGGCAACGGCCGCGGACCAAGACCUUCUCUUUCUGACUCAGGCUCCGGGGCAAGCAAUGGUGUCUCUGCACCCUCUCCGACCCCACCGGUGGCCUUCCCCGUCACCACCGUGACGUUCACACACACUGCUUCUGGGAGUACGAUCACAAGCGCGGUGACGGUGCCGCAGGUUACCUUUGUCACGGUUCAACCCACCGGGCCUGCUUCUUCGCCUGCAGGCGGGAAUAGUGGCAAUGGCAAUGGUGGAGGUCCAGCAGAGGUCGGAUUGGUGCCCAUGCCCACCGCAGCCCCCACCAGCGGAUCUGCCUCUGGAGCUGGAGCUGGAGCCGGAGGAGCUGAAGCAGCAGCCACAAGUUUCGUCCCUACGCCGACGGGCUCGAGCAUAAGCGCCAUCACACCCUCAAUCACACCAGACAUCUUUACCGGCGCAGCAACCAGGCAGAGCAUCGCGUGGGGCAUUCUUGCUGGGGCAUUGGGUCUCCUUGCAUUCGUGGUGUGAUGGAAAUGAUACAAGGCAACUUGUUCGGCAUCUGAGGGGGGGAAGGAUGAAGAAAGCAUAUCUGUAUAUCUUAGGGGCGUUGGGAUGGACUUGAAAAGAGUUGCACGGUAAAUAACAGGACAUUUUUCAGCACUAUCUGCAGGACUUCUGUAAUAAUCGCAUGCAUAGCAGGGUUUGGGAUACGGAAAGGGAAAGGAACGAUGUUGCAUACUCUACUAUUGAGAUACAUAGACCCACGGGAAAUACCUCUCCCAUGGCUUCUCGAGCGCUAAUGCCCUCUACCGAAACAUCACUUCAGCGGCG